CGGUUAUCGCUCUCGCUCUCUAAGACAAGUAGGUGUUUUAUUGUGAAGGGGAGCGCAGCUUUUUCUCGGUUCAACGGGUCUCCUUCCUUUGACUGUCCCGGGACAGUGAGCCAAAGUCCCGCGAUGAUCUGCGUGCUGCUGGUGGCCGGGCAUGGAGCCGUGUUGGAGGCGCAGAUCAAGAAUGAUGACACGGGUCUGUAUCGCCACUUGGCGGGGGUUCCAAAGGCCAUGCUCCCUGGCAUUGGGGGAAAGAAGAUCCUGGACUUUUGGUGGGAAACCGUGAACUUGCGGCAGCUGUUCACCGAGGUCUACCUGGUCACCAAUGCAGAUAAGUACAAACAUUAUGAGCGCUGGGCAACAGCUAACGACUUCCCUGUGGAGAACAUCGUGAACAACGGCAGCACCACGCUGCAGGACCAGCUCGGCGCCGUGGCUGACCUUGUGCUCGCCGUACGCAGCCGGAGGCUGCAGGAUGACAUCAUGGUGAUCGCUGGAGACAUGCUGUGUGCCGACCAGAACUUUGACAUCGGACAAGUGGUUCGCUUCUUCAGGUCAAAGCCGGGGGAGCUGAUCAUCUUCUAUGAGCUGGAAGACGGUGAGGAGAGCAGCUCCAGGGGGAUUGUGGAAGUGUGUCCUGAAACGCACAGGAUCACACGCUUUCUGGAAAAACCUCAAGAAGGUGAGACGGUCUCUCGGCUGGCCAGCGUUGUGUUCUACUGCAUCCAAAAAGACACCCUGUCCUACAUGUCCCAGUUCCUGGAGCUGCAGCAGGAAGCCCCUCAAAAGACCUUUGGACAGUUCUGGGAGUGGCUCGUCAACGAGAAGCGAAUGGACGUGUUUGGCAUGAAACUUCCCACGGGCUUCCAGCUUAUCGGACAAGUGGGACUCUCGGACUACACCAAGUGGCUCACCCAUUACUCUGCUAAAAAGCAGGACUGCAUGGCUGUGGCCAUCACCUGCCGCUCAUAUGCCAGAGUUGGGCUGAUGGGAAACCCGUCAGAUGGAUUCAACGGUAAGACCAUCGCCAUGACCAUCUCUAACUUUUGGGCUGAAGUCACUCUGCUGGAAAGCCAGACUUUGGCGUUAGUCCCUCACCCUCUGAACGACCCCACAGAGUUUGGCAGUCUGCAGGACCUGUUCUGCAUCAGCAGAAAGGAGGGGUACCUGGGUGGUCUGCGGUUGCUGCAAGCCACAUGCAAAAAGUUCUAUCAGUUCUGCUCCAAACAAGGGAUCGCUCUGACCAAGCAGAACUUCACCCUGAAGUACGACACCAACAUUCCUCGACAAGUGGGCCUGGCUGGAAGCAGUGCCAUCGUAUCCGCCACGCUCAAGUGUCUGAUGAAGUUCUACAACAUAACUGACGCUGAUCUCCCCAAACCCAUCCGUGCCAACUUCAUCCUCAGCGUGGAGACGGAGGAACUGUUCAUCACAGCCGGUCUGCAGGACCGAGUGGUGCAGGUUUACGAGGGUUUGGUUUACAUGGACUUCAGCAAGCAUCUCAUGGAGCAGCAGGGCUAUGGGAGCUACGUCUCUAUGGAUAUGAAGAACCUGCCGACGUUCUGGCUGGCCUACCUGAGCGACCCCAGUGACUCUGGGAGGAUCCACAGCAACAUCCGGCAGCGCUGGCUCAACGGUGAGGACACAGUACUGGAGGCCAUCAAGUCUUUUGCUGAGCUCACAGAUCAGGCCAGGACUGCCAUUGAGAACCAAGACUGGAUUAGCCUGGCUCAGCUCAUGGACCAGAACUUGGACUUGCGCAGGUCCAUCUACACAGAUGACUGUCUGGGUCCGGGUAACAUGAUGAUGAUUCGACUGGCAAGACAGUUCGGUUCGGCAGUGAAGUUUCCUGGCAGCGGUGGCGCCGUGGUGGGGUUGUGUCUGGAUCAGGCCAAACUGAUGGAGAUGCGUCAGGCCUUCCAGGAAGCCGGCUGUGUCUUCUGUCUGAUCUCGCCCUACAGCCCGUCCUCCAGCCUGAUGGGGGUCACCACCGACUCUGCCACAGCAUCCAUGACCGGGACCCCACAGUGACCCCCCCCCCCAUCAUUCUCAGCCAGGUGGAAGUCGCAGUAGACCCAAACCCGGGUUUUAUUCCAAAGGUUUUCAACUUUACCCAUCAAGUUGCAUGUUGAAGAGCAACUUUGACAGACUCAGGUAUUCUGCAGUCAGACUGAAAUUUGAUUACAUUGAUACAUCAAAAGCUUCACAUCCCAGAGACUCAAACCGAAGGGUAACUCUAAUACUCUCAGAAUGUAAUCUGGUUACAAUAUUGGAUAUUUGGUUUCUCCUCACGUAGGCUGAGAUGGCAGAGGUAUUCUAAAUGACUAAAAAGGUAAUAGGAUUCUAGCAGUGGAUUAAAAGAUCCUCAAGAUGCAAAGUAACUCUAAAUCAUGUAAUUUGAUAACAGUAACAGAUCCAAGGUUCUUCCUCAGAGGUGGAGGGACCAACAGACUUUUCUAGGAAACAAAAUGUAAUCUGAUUACAGAAACACAUUAAAUGUUCUCAGAGACUCCGACUGCAGAGAAAUGUGUCCCAUUAUAGUAAAGAUCAAAGGAAUUUCAAUGAAACUCAAAUUUCAGCUGUUAAAUGUAAUCUGACCACAAACCUAAUAAAGUAUUUGUGUAAUUAUG